AUGGCUUUCCAUACAAUCACCGGCCGCACACAGCCAUUUGACCGUGCGCUGACCGGCCUCGAAAGAGGUAAAAAACAGUUGAGUUACGCGUCAGAUGGGACUGCCACGCAGCGAUCCAUCAAAGCCCAAAUGGACGUUCAGCCGCUGCACUCGGCGGACGCGCAUGGCCGACGACCCAAACAGAACUCCAUUAGACACAACCUGUCGCUGCACAGCCGCUUCAUCCGCGUCCAGAAUGAGGGGACGGGAAAGAGCUCGUGGUGGAUGCUGAACCCAGAGGGCGGGAAGAGUGGAAAGUCCCCGCGACGCAGGGCUGCCUCAAUGGACAACAACAGCAAACUGACAAAGAGCAGAGGAAGAGCAGCAAAGAAAAAGUUGUCUCUGCAGGGUGGCCCUGACGGAGGUGCAGACAGCCCAGGCUCCUACUCCAAGUGGCCUGGCAGCCCCAACUCCCACAGCAACGAUGAUUACGACGCCUGGAGCAGCUUCAGGCCUCGGACCAGCUCCAACGCCAGCACUUUAAGCGGCCGCCUUUCACCCUUCGUGCCUGAGGACGACCUGGGGGAAGCUGAAGUGCACAUGGGGUACUCAGGAGCUCCAGGGUCCAAAAUGACGGCCACGCUGCCCAGCCUCACAGAAAUGACGGGAACUCUGGGACGCAGCUCCGAGAACGUCAUGGAGAACCUUCUGGACAACCUGAACUUGCUCUCACCCAACAGCUCUCAGGUCGGAGGAGGUGCGACGACCCCUGGCUCCUCCCAGUCCUCCCCCUCACCAAUGAUGCAGCCAAGCCCUGGGUACCCAGCCUACAGCUCCCCCAGCAUGGGCUCGCAGUCACAGCAGGACUACCACAAGUGCGUUUACGGCCAGGCUGGAAUGAACGCCCUGCCGUCCAUGCCACUGCAGACUCUGCCAGAGAGUAAGCCCAGCUUUGGGCCCAGUAUGGGUCAGUACAACUGCCCUGCAGGGCUUCUGAAGGAGCUGCUGACGUCUGACAACGACCAGCACGGAGAACUCAUGCCGUCGGUGGACACAGUGGUGUCUCAGCCCAGCGGGGGCUGCAUGCUGCCGUCAUACAGCAGCAGCCAGCAUGCAGCCAAACUCAUGGCGACGGGAGGGAACAGUCACCCACACGGUCUUUCUCACCCCCACCUCCACAACGUGCACAGCCAAGCCUCGGCCAUCUCACCAGCUAUGAAUGGGCGGCUGCUCAUGUCUCUGAGCUACAGCGGGGGCAACGCACGUUUGCCUACAGCCAAAGGCCCCAUGCACAUGCCUUACGGCCUUCCCGGCCACCUCAGCGGGGGAGGCAUGCCUGGCAGCUUCUGCCCUCUUAACACAAACGGAUACGGCCGAGCAGGCAUGUCAGCCCCCCCGCACGCAGAGAAACUUCCCAGUGACCUGGACGACAUGUCCAUCGAGAAGUUUGAGUUCGACAUGGAGACGGUCCUCCACGACACUCUCAUGGACGGGGACUCGCUGGACUUCAACUUCGAGCCAGUCGUGACCCAACAAAGCUUCUCGCAUGGGGUGAAGACCACCACGCACAGCUGGGUUUCUGGGUAGAAGGUUUAAAA